AAAAUGUCAAAUUUGCUAUCGUUUUUUUGUUCUAAAUAAAGUGAACUGUGUGCUGCAAUUGUUUUCCGUUUCGUUGCCGAACAAAACAAUUGAAAUGGUACAAUAAUUUUUGGGCACCAAAAUCUGUACCGGUUCUAGUCUUACUUUACGAUCGUCGGUCAAAAUGGCUUUGGCAGUAGGAAGGUUCCUAUGGGGUCACAGAAUAUCUCAGUUAGGUAAAAGAUGCCUUCAAUCCACGAUAAGUCCUCGUUUGCAUAGAAUUGCAUCACAGCCCUGUGCCGGUGGUGUUUUAGCUAGUGGACACAGUUGGUGGAUUCAAAGAACAUUAAGCUCCGGAACUGCUAGUGGUAAAGGGAAAGCACCGCAAGACGAAGAACAUUGUAACGUUGGUACAAUCGGCCAUGUGGAUCAUGGCAAAACGACACUCACGGCGGCAAUCACAAAGGUGCUAUCGAAGGAUGGCAACACCAGCUUCGUUUCGUACGAUCAGAUCGAUCGAGCGCCCGAAGAAAAAGCUAGAGGUAUAACCAUUAACGCCGCACACAUCGGGUACAAAACGAGCAAGCGGCACUACGCUCACACCGACUGUCCGGGCCAUGCGGAUUACGUGAAGAACAUGAUCUCCGGUGCAUCCCAAAUGGACGGUGCGAUACUGGUCGUGGCAGCCACCGACGGUCAAAUGCCACAAACACGGGAACAUCUGCUUCUAGCCCGCCAAGUUGGCGUCAGCAAGAUCGUCGUGUUCAUCAACAAAGCGGAUCAGGUUGAUAACGAAGUGCUGGAGCUGGUGGAGAUAGAGCUUCGCGAGCUGUUGAGCGACUUUGGCUUCGAUGGUGUGGAAAGUCCGAUAAUCGUGGGUUCGGCACUGCUCGCUCUGCAAGGCGAUCAAACGGAACUGGGGGAACCGUCCAUACGGAAGCUCUUGGAUGCGAUCGAUUCGUACAUUCCCACACCAACGCGAGACUUAAGCUCCCCAUUUCUGCUACCAAUCGAUAAUGCAUUUACUGUGCCCGGUCGCGGUACGGUUGUGGUGGGAACACUGGCCCGCGGUAUGAUGCGCAAAAACGACGAGGCGGAGCUGCUGGGCUUUGACGAGGAGAUACGUACCACCGUCGGUGGUAUGCAGGUUUUCAAAAAGGACGUAAAUGAAGCAAAGGCAGGAGACAACAUCGGGACCCUGUUGCGAGGCGUAAAGCUGCAAACUGUCCAGCGCGGUAUGCUGUUGUGUGCUGCCGGAAGUGAGCGUGUUUCGAACCAUUUCGAUGCAUCGAUGUACCUGCUGGCCAAAAACGAAGGAGGCCGCUCGAAACCGCUAACGUCCAAGUACAUUCAGCAGCUGUUUAGCAAAACGUGGAACGUCCCAUGCCGGGUGGACCUGGUCGGACAGGAUAUGCUCAUGCCGGGUGAUCAUGGCGCCAUAAAGCUGACGUUGCUGCGGAAAAUGGUCAUGUCCUGUGGACAAUCGUUUACCGUGCGCGAGAAUGGUAAAACCGUUGCGACCGGGCUAGUGACCAAGGUGCUGAAUCCGGUCAACCUACCACAGAAGAAACUGAUCAAGCUGGAGCUAGAAAACUGUUAAUUGGUUUAAUGGCAUGGUAGUAGUAAGCGAGAGAGAGAGAGAACAGUAAAAUAAAAAAUGCCUUUAAAAAUGAUUUAUUAUUCGAAACACUGCA